CUUUGUCUUUCUAAGUGCCUUGUGGUGGACUCUGCAGCCAUGGCCGAUUUCGUCGACCCUAGGAUGACCAGCGUCAAGCCUCGCAUCCGAUACAACACCAUUGGAGGUAUCAACGGACCGCUGGUCGUUCUGGAUAAUGUCAAAUUCCCCCGGUACAACGAGAUCGUGUCUCUGACCCUCCCUGAUGGGACCGAGCGGUCGGGUCAAGUUCUGGAAGCUCGAGGAAACAGAGCAGUCGUGCAGGUAUUCGAAGGCACUUCUGGUAUCGAUGUCAAGAAGACGAAAGUCGAGUUCACGGGCCACAGCUUGAAGCUUGGUGUCUCCGAAGACAUGCUGGGUCGUGUUUUCGAUGGAUCCGGUCGCGCGAUUGACAAAGGCCCCAAGGUGCUGGCGGAAGACUACCUGGAUAUCAACGGUCAACCUAUCAACCCUUACUCCCGAGUCUAUCCCGAAGAAAUGAUCUCGACUGGUAUCUCCGCCAUCGAUACGAUGAACUCCAUUGCCCGUGGUCAGAAGAUCCCUAUCUUCUCUGCUGCUGGUCUGCCACACAACGAGAUUGCCGCUCAGAUUUGUCGUCAGGCUGGUUUGGUGAAGCGCCCUACCAAGGACGUUCACGACGGACACGAGGAGAACUUCUCCAUCGUCUUCGCCGCUAUGGGUGUGAACAUGGAGACGGCUCGUUUCUUCACCCGCGAUUUCGAGGAGAACGGUAGUAUGGAGCGCGUGACGCUCUUCCUCAACUUGGCCAACGACCCUACGAUUGAACGUAUUAUUACCCCUCGUCUUGCGUUGACCACGGCCGAGUACUAUGCCUACCAGCUGGAGAAGCACGUUUUGGUCAUCAUGACUGAUUUGUCCGCCUACUGUGAUGCUCUGCGUGAGGUUUCGGCGGCUCGUGAAGAAGUCCCGGGUCGUCGUGGUUACCCCGGUUACAUGUAUACUGACUUGUCGACCUUGUACGAGCGUGCUGGUCGUGUGGAGGGCCGUAACGGUUCUAUCACGCAGAUUCCUAUCUUGACGAUGCCUAACGACGAUAUCACUCACCCCAUUCCCGACUUGACUGGUUACAUCACGGAGGGACAAAUCUUCAUUGAUCGUCAAUUGUACAACAAGGGUGUUUACCCGCCGAUCAACGUGCUGCCGUCGCUGUCGCGUCUGAUGAAGUCCGCUAUCGGCGAGGGACGUUCCCGGAAGGAUCACUCGGAUGUGUCCAACCAGUUGUACGCCAAGUACGCCAUUGGUCGUGAUGCCGCUGCUAUGAAGGCUGUCGUUGGAGAGGAAGCCCUUUCCUCGGAGGACAAGCUCUCGCUGGAGUUUCUUGACAAGUUCGAGCGCACUUUCAUCAGUCAGUCGCCCUAUGAGUCGCGCACGAUCUUCGAGUCGCUGGAUAUCGCGUGGAACCUGCUGCGGAUCUACCCCAAGGACCUACUCAACCGUAUCCCCAAACGUGUCUUGGAUGAGUUCUACGCUCGGUCUUCGCGGAAGAUCGCCAACAAGGACACGAGAGACAACACUGUGGCGGAGCAGACUCAGGGUGAGACUGCGGAUCUCAUUGAGACGUAAGCGGUGGGCUGGUGUUGCAUGUUCCGCUAUCUAUUGAUUUGUUCGACUGCUGUUUCUACGGCCUGCAUAUAUUCGCGUAGUUGUAUAUCAUUAUGAUUUUGUGUUCGU